UGAAAGUUCUGAUAUUGUUUUUGCCGUAUUGACACGUUAAUGUAAAUAUGAAAAACAAAACUGUCUACUCAUAAUAUGGGACUUUAAUUUCAAUAAUUUUUAUUGUUCAUAUAACAAAGAAUUUUUUCUAUACUUAAAAAAUGGCUUCGGUGCUACGUGAAAAACAAAUAAAUGCGUUAAAGCGCAUGUUGAAUUUCAAUGUAAACAUUUCGAAGACUUCUGUUGCUGAGCCAGUGUGGAAGGUAUUGGUUUAUGAUCGUUAUGGCCAGGAUAUUAUUUCACCAUUAUUAUCUGUCAAAGAUCUUCGUGAAUUAGGAGUAACCCUCCAUCUGCUUUUACAUUCUGAUCGAGAACCUAUACCUGAUGUACCUGUAAUAUAUUUUGUUAUGCCAAAUGAAGAAAAUAUUUCUAGAAUUGGUCAGGAUUUCAGAAAUCAACUUUAUGAUAGUUUUUAUCUCAAUUUUAUCUCUCCCAUUUCUCGUUCUUAUCUUGAGGAUAUAGCAAGUGCAGCUAUACAAGCCGGAUGUGUAUCCUCUAUAAAUUCGGUUUUUGACCAAUAUUUAAACUUUAUUACACUUGAAAACGACAUGUACAUUUUAAAGCACCAAGAUCGGAGCUCUUUGAAUUAUUAUGCCAUAAACAGAGGGGACAUGAAAGAUACCGAAAUGGAAAUUCUUAUUGAUAGCAUUGUUGAUAGUUUAUUUUCAGUAUUUGUUACACUUGGUGUUGUACCUAUCAUUCGGUGUCCAAGAGGAAAUGCAGCUGAAAUGGUUUCUGAGAAAUUAGACAAAAAAAUUCGCGAGAAUCUCAGAGAUGCUCGAAACAGCCUGUUUGCUCCUGAUGGAAUUCCAAGUUCUUUCUCAUUCCAGAGGCCUUUAUUAGUUAUAUUGGAUCGAAAUCAAGAUAUGGCCACUCCAUUGCACCAUACAUGGACAUACCAGGCUCUUGCUCAUGAUGUUUUGGAUCUCCAAUUGAAUCGUGUUACCAUGGAUGAAGCAACUGAAAAAACUGGCCAUUUAGGUGCUAAGCCUCGCAAACGUACGAAAAUGUUUGAUUUAAAUCCAAAUGACAAGUUUUGGAUGCAAUACAAGGGAAGUCCAUUUCCUAUUGUUGCUGAGGCUGUUCAAGAGGAACUGGAUGCUUAUCGAUCAUCAGAAGAAGAAGUUAAGAGGCUAAAAUCAGCAAUGGGCUUAGAUGCCAAUAGUGGUGCUGAUGAAGUGAUUGGAAGCAUGUCAGAUAACACUGCUAAACUAACAUCUGCUGUCAGUUCGUUGCCUGAACUUCUAGAAAAGAAGAGAUUAAUUGAUAUGCAUAUGACUGUAGCUACUGCAAUAUUAGAUCACAUAAAGAGCAGAAAGUUGGAUGUUUAUUUUGAAAUAGAAGAGAAAAUAAUGGGUAGAGCCACUUUAGAAAAAUCUUUAAUGGAUAUGAUAACUGAUCCUGAAGCUGGGUUGCCUACAGAUAAACUUAGACUUUUCUUAAUUAGUUUCAUAUGUGGACCUACAAUGACAGAAGCUGAAGUGGACCAGUAUGUGACAGCUUUAAAAGAUGCUGGCUGUGAUGUUGAGUCAGUUCAAUAUAUGCGGAGAUGGAAGACAUAUAGUAAACUGUCAUCUCACACUGCUAGUCAGUAUAGUGGUGGAACAAAAACUGUUAGUAUGUUCUCUAAAUUGAUGUCUCAUGGUUCUCAAUUUGUUAUGGAAGGAGUAAAGAAUUUAGUUGUAAAGAAACAUAAUUUGCCUAUAACAAGAAUAGUAGAUUCAUUAAUGGAGAUGAAAUCUCUGCCAGAAACAGAUGACUACAGAUACUUUGAUCCAAAACUGCUUCGUCCUACUGACAGUUCUUCUGUUCCUAGAAAUCGAUCCCCAUUUCAAGAUGCAGUUGUAUUUGUAGUGGGUGGUGGAAAUUACAUCGAAUAUCAAAAUCUAGUUGAUUACACUAAGGGCAAGACAAACCCAGUGCAAAAGAAAAUUAUUUAUGGAAGCACUGAUCUUGUCAAUGCCGAUCAGUUUCUUCGGCAACUACAUUUGCUCGGAACCGAAAUGCAGUAACCUGUUUAUACUGUUGCCUUUAUGAAAAUGGGAAGCCUGAAUCUGAUAAGGAAAUCAAAUGUACAUAUAAUGUAUUUACUGUUUUUGAACAUUAUCGGACUUUAAAAAAAGCGGGCUUUUUAAUUUUCACUUUAUAUUUUAUAUAUCAUCUCGUUUCAUUAAAGUAUAUCUUUGCUAAAUA